AACAAGAUGGCGACAUGCAGUGAUGAAAGCUGUGUGUGCCUUACUUCAUGUUCUAAAGUUCCAGUAACAGAACGUUCACGGGAUUCUUCCUCCUGUCUCAGUGCUACGGAGUGGCCACUGAGACGUUAUGGCCGAUUCAUGCCUGGAGCUUUGGACACUGCCUCAGGCUCCUGGAAGGUUCUGGAGUCAAGUGAAGAAUCUGGUUUUCUUCUUCUCACUAUAGUUAUUUCAGGCCACUUCUUCAUUUCCAAAGGAAAAGAAGUAUUGGAAGGUUUUUCAUUAAUUGAUGCUUCUCAGUGGUUGAAGAUAGUAAGAAAUGCAGAUUGCAUGCUGUUUGGUUCAAAGAUAAAGAACAAACACCGUAUGUUUCGUGUUCAAUUUGCGGGAGAUUCCAAAACACAGACAGAGGAACACUGCUUCAGCUGUGUGCAGAAACUUGCAGAGUAUGUACCCAUUCAAGUAAUGGAUGCAGCAAGACAGGAACUGCAACAAAGUCAUAGCCAGCCACUCGAAGAGGAAGAUCAAGGGAAAAAUGCUGAACAAAAUCUGCCAGUGCAACACACAGUAAAGAAUGUUCGUCCAGCUCAAGGAAGAGUAACUGUGGCCGAACUAACACAGGAUUUACUGACAUCAAAUUUUGCACUUCCUCUUGCAUAUCAGCAGUCUGCAUGGAGUGCUGAAGGUUUAGGCAGUUUUAUUCGUUUGUGUCUCUUGGAUCAGAGCUUUCCAGCCUUUGUGGAAGAAGUGGAAAAGCAGAUGAAAAAAAUUACAGAGGGUUAA